UAUCGCGCAUCAACAACCAAAAAUAACCAAAAGAACGAAACCGAAAAAAAGAACCAACAACAAUACUUCAACACCAUCCAAAUACAUUAAAUCCAAGACAAGAUCGAAUCAUCAUUUCAAUUGAUCAUAUUUAAAAAACGAAAUCGAUCAUCAUCAACCACGUUUUCGAUCGAACAAUCAAAUUUCAAAAUUCACGAAACAAGAAGAACGAAAAAAAAAUCAAAUGAUAAUAAAACGAACAUUGACAUUAACUACUAUUACGUCAAAUGUGGUAUGACAUAAUCAAAAAUAAAUAAUAAAUAAAUUCGAAACGACAAAAAUUCAUACGUUGUGUGAAAUCAAAACAACAAAAAAAGAAUUCGACAAUCAUAAACUACGAAUACCAAAAAAAAAAACAAGGAAAGAAUGAAUCUUGAAUUUCAUCUAUCUACUGCUAGGUCUUGACAAAAAGCUUCAAUCAUUCAUAUAUUUCAAUUGUUUUGUUUCCACCAUCUAUAUAUCACCACCAUCAUCAUCAUCAUCAUCAAUAUCAUCAUUGAUCAGAUUUGAUUAAAAUAACAAUAAACACAAAAAGAUGACACGUCCUGGACAUCGUGAUCGUGAAAAUAAAUAUGAACAAACAUCGAAUAAUCGUCGUGCACCAAUCAUAUUGACCGCUGAAGAUAUUGCACAGGGCAAAGAAUCAUAUUGGAGUGAAUUAGAAAUUACCGGUCUUGUACGUAAUCUUAGUCCACAAUUAUGGUCAUUCACACAUUUGACCUGUCUUUAUUUGAAUGAUAAUAAUUUAACAAAAUUAUCACCAGAAAUUGCUAAACUUCAACAUCUAUUAUUAUUGGAUUUAUCCAAUAAUAAACUUCGAUCAUUGCCAGCUGAAAUUGGUGAAUUAAUAAUGUUACAUGAGCUUUAUCUUAAUCAUAAUAAUCUUCGCCAAUUACCAUAUGAAUUGGGACGUUUAUUUCAAUUACAGCAGCUAGCAUUAAAAGGAAAUCCAUUAACACAAGAAUUAUUGGUCAUUUAUAAUGAACAAAAUGGUGUACAAAAAUUGCUUACAUAUCUACUUGAUAAUUUACAAGUACCAGAUAUGCAACCACCAACUCGUCCAUGGUUAACAAUGGCCGAACCAACGCCAAUACAUCAUGUAUCGAAUGUUUUCACUGUAAUGUGUUAUAAUGUUCUUUGCGAUAAAUUAGCCUCCAGGCAAUUAUAUUCAUAUUGUCCUUCAUGGGCAUUAUCAUGGGAUUUUCGUAAAAAUGUCAUCAUGAAAGAGAUUAAACAAUAUGAUGCCGAUAUUAUUUGCUUGCAAGAAGUUGAAUCUGGACAAUUUGAAUCAUUUUUUCUACCUGAAUUGAAAACGGCACAUUAUUAUGGAAUAUUUUCACCGAAAAGUCGUGCCAAAACAAUGAAUGAACAGGAACGUAAACGUGUUGAUGGUUGUGCCAUCUUUUUCAAAACAAAAAAAUUUGAAUUGGUCAAUGAACAUUUAAUGGAAUUUACGUUUUUAGCUGCACAAACAGCAGAUGGCGAAGGUUCCGAAGAGAUGCUUAAUCGUGUUAUGCCAAAAGAUAAUAUUGGUUUAGUGGCCUUGUUGAAAACUAAAAAAGUGGAAAUUGAUAUGGCAGAAAAACCAUCAGAAUUUGAAAAUAUGCAACCAUUCGAAAGUCAACCAUUGGUAGUUUGUACAGCACAUAUCCAUUGGGAUCCAGAAUAUUGUGAUGUUAAAUUAAUUCAAACAAUGUUAAUGAUGCGUGAAUUGCAAAAAUUUAUCGAUCAAUCGGCUACCAUGUUCAAUAUAAGUAGCAAUAAUGAGAAACCACAACAACAAAUUGAUCCAAAUUCAAUACCAUUGAUUCUAUGUGGAGAUUUAAAUUCAUUGCCUGAUUCAGGUGUUGUCGAAUAUCUUUCACGUGGUAGAAUUUCUGUGGAACAUCCAGAUUUUAAAAAAUUAGCUUACAAACUAUGUCUACGUAAAGUUUGUCCAAUAGUUGAUCAAAAUGAAAAAGAAUACACCCACUCAUUCGAUAUUGUCAAAGCAUAUGCCGAUGGUGUAUUACCAUUCACAAAUUAUACAUUUGAUUUUCGUGGUGUCAUCGAUUACAUAUUCUGUUCACGACGAUUAUUCUCUGUUUUAGGUGUUCUUGGUCCAUUAGAUACUAGCUGGUUUAGUAAACAUCGUAUACCUGGAUGUCCACAUCAUUAUAUACCAUCUGAUCAUUUUCCUAUUGUAGCUGAAUUGGAAUUGUUAACAAAAAAAUCAUUAGCUGAAUUAGAGAAACAAAAACAACAACAACAACAGGAAAAAAAUUUGGAUAAUAAAUCCGGUAAUAAUAAUAAUAACAACAAUAACAAUAAUAAUAGUGGUAAUAAUUCAAAUGGCCAUAUUAGACGAUAGAUAAAAAUCAUUCAUAACAACAACAGCAACAACAAACAACCCUAAAUAUUCAAUGAACCAUAUACCACAUACACACACACACCAACAAAACUCAUUUGAGCAAUCAAUUAAUCUGGAAACGAUCUCUUGUCUAUCUCUCUUUGUCUCACACUUUGAGUUACAUUUCAAUUUUUUUUUCUUAUCAAAUUUUAUUAUUGAUCAUCACACACACACAUUUUUGUAUGUUUUUCACCAU